CCAUAUUGGUAUAAGCUGGUAUAGGCAACAUAAUACACAUUAUUUACCGAACAUAAAAUUCAUUUUUUAUUCGAUUUCCACUUAACAUUUAAUAGUUAUUGUUCGAGAUGGUUGUACUAAGUUCGUUCAUCCACCCAGACUCGCCAGUGCACUUAGAGCAAAGAAACAUCAGAGCUGUACUUGAUAAGAAAAAUAUUGGUGAAGGAACAUUGUUUAUAUCAGAGAGGACUCUAUGUUGGAAAGAUGAUGAUAUUGGUUUUUGUCUAACAUAUCCACACAUCUCUUUACAUGCCAUCUCAAAUGACCCUGCAGUUCAUCAAAGUCAAUGCAUUUAUGUUAUGAUUGAUGCACAUGUCAAAAUACCAGGUAUCAAUUAUGAGGAUGUUCCUGAAAUAAAUUCUGAGAGUGAUGAUGAAUCUGAUGCUGAUAUUUCAGAGCUAUUGCUAAUCCCACAUGAUCCUGCUACAGUACAUAAUAUAUAUGAGGCAUUAAAGCAGUGCCAAGAAUUGAACCCUGAUCCAGAAGAUGUUGAUGAUGAUGACGAUGACAUUUAUGAAGAUGCAGAUGAGAACAUGGAUUCAAAUGAAGAUGCAUUUGGGGGAGGUGGAGAUAACGAUAUGGAAAAUAUAGUUAACCAAAUCAGAAGCAACACAAUGGAUAUUAAUUAUGAUUAUAGUAAUGGAGAUCAUAUUAGUGAAGAUAUUUUUGAAGAUGCUGACUAAUCUGCUUGUUGAUGCUAAAGUAUUUAUUAUUAACUUUUUUUGAUACCAAACCAUUCUUUGUAUUUUGUUUUUUUAAAUAAAAGUAACG